AUGAGCCAGAGGUUCACCGUCACCGCGCUGUCCCGGGAGGGUGCGGCCCCGGGCAGGCCAGGCGCUGCAGCCCCCCACGCACCCCCUGACCCGCUGCAGAGCGCCCGCACCCGUGGCCUCCCCGGAGAAGACGGCAGAGCCGGCGGCUCCUACUACAUGAUCUCGCGCUCCCUGGGCCCCGAGUUCGGCGGCGCCGUGGGGCUCUGCUUCUACCUGGGCACCACCUUCGCCGGCGCCAUGUACAUCCUGGGCACCAUCGAGAUCCUGCUGGCCUACAUCUUCCCGGCCAUGGCCAUCUUCAAGGGGGACGAUGCCAGCGGGGAGGCGGCGGCCAUGCUCAACAACAUGCGCGUCUACGGCACCUGCGUGCUCACUUGCAUGGCCACCGUCGUCUUCGUCGGCGUCAAGUAUGUCAACAAGUUCGCCCUGGUCUUCCUGGGCUGCGUCAUCCUCUCCAUCCUCGCCAUCUACGCCGGCGUCAUCAAGUCCGCCUUCGACCCGCCCAGCUUCCCGAUCUGCCUGCUGGGCAACCGCACGCUGUCGCGCCACGGGUUCGACACGUGCGUCAAGCUGGUGGUGGAGGGCAACGAGACGGUGGGCUCCAAGCUCUGGGAGCUGUUCUGCACCUCCCGCUUCCUCAACGCCACCUGCGACGACUACUUCACCCACAACAACGUGACCGAGAUCGAGGGCAUCCCCGGGGCCGCCAGCGGCCUGAUCCAGGAGAACCUCUGGAGCACGUACCUGGCCAAGGGCGUGAUCGUGGAGAAGCAGGGGAUGCCCUCGGUGUCCCCCUCCGACGCCCCCGUGGACCUGGACCAGCCCUACGUCUUCAGCGACAUGACCUCGUACUUCACCCUCCUAGUGGGCAUUUACUUCCCCUCCGUCACAGGGAUCAUGGCCGGCUCCAACCGCUCGGGCGACCUGCGCGACGCCCAGAAAUCCAUCCCCACCGGCACCAUCCUGGCCAUUGCCACCACGUCGGCUGUCUGGGUGGCAGUGGCAGUGGCCCUGGCGGUCUGCAAGCCCCUGCCCUGGGUGACACUGGUGCCCCUCAGGUUCGGCGAGGCGGUGAGCGGGAACCUGGUAGUGGGCACGCUGGCCUGGCCGUCGCCCUGGGUCAUCGUCAUCGGCUCCUUCUUCUCCACGUGCGGGGCAGGGCUGCAGAGCCUCACGGGCGCCCCGCGCCUCCUCCAGGCCAUCUCCCGGGACGGCAUCGUCCCCUUCCUCCGGGUCUUCGGCCACGGCAAGGCCAAUGGGGAGCCCACCUGGGCCCUGCUGCUCACCGCCUGCAUCUGCGAGAUCGGCAUCCUCAUCGCCUCCCUGGACGAGGUGGCCCCCAUCCUCUCCAUGUUCUUCCUGAUGUGCUACAUGUUCGUGAACCUGGCCUGCGCCGUGCAGACGCUGCUGCGCACGCCCAACUGGCGGCCCCGCUUCCGCUACUACCACUGGACGCUGUCCUUCCUGGGCAUGAGCCUCUGCCUGUCCCUGAUGUUCAUCUGCUCCUGGUACUACGCGCUGGUGGCCAUGCUCAUCGCCGGGCUCAUCUACAAGUACAUCGAGUACCGGGGGGCGGAGAAGGAGUGGGGCGACGGGAUCCGGGGGCUGUCGCUGAGCGCGGCGCGGUACGCCCUGCUGCGCCUCGAGGAGGGGCCUCCCCACACCAAGAACUGGCGGCCGCAGCUGCUGGUGCUGGUGCGGGUGGACCAGGACCAGAACGUGGCGCACCCGCAGCUACUCUCGCUGACCUCGCAGCUCAAGGCGGGCAAGGGGCUGACCAUCGUGGCCUCCGUGCUGGAGGGCACCUUCCUGGACAACCACCCGCAGGCCCAGCGCGCCGAGGAGUCCAUCCGCCGUCUGAUGGAGGCCGAGAAGGUGAAGGGCUUCUGCCAGGUCGUGAUCUCCUCCAACCUGCGCGACGGCAUGUCCCACCUCAUCCAGUCCAGUGGGCUGGGGGGGCUGCAGCACAACGCGGUGCUGGUGGGCUGGCCGCGCAGCUGGCGUCAGAAGGAGGACCACCAGACCUGGAGGAACUUUAUCGAGCUGGUGCGGGAGACCACGGCCGCGCACCUGGCGCUGCUGGUCACCAAGAAUGUGGCCAUGUUCCCGGGGAACCAGGAGCGCUUCGCCGAGGGCCACAUUGACGUCUGGUGGAUCGUGCACGAUGGCGGCAUGCUGAUGCUGCUGCCCUUCCUGCUGCGGCACCACAAGGUUUGGCGCAAGUGCAAGAUGCGCAUCUUCACGGUGGCGCAGAUGGACGACAACAGCAUCCAAAUGAAGAAGGACCUGACCACCUUCCUCUACCACCUGCGCAUCACCGCCGAGGUCGAGGUGGUCGAGAUGCAUGAGAGCGAUAUCUCGGCCUACACCUACGAGAAGACGCUGGUGAUGGAGCAGCGCUCCCAGAUCCUCAAGCAGAUGCACCUGACCAAGAACGAGCGGGAGCGGGAGAUCCAGAGCAUCACAGACGAGUCCCGCGGCUCCAUCCGGCGCAAGAACCCGGCCAACACGCGGCUGCGGCUCAGCGUCCCCGAGGAGCAGGUGGGCGACGGCGAGGAGAAGCCGGAGGAGGAGGUGAGGAACCAGUCCAAUGUGCGGCGGAUGCACACAGCCGUGAAGCUCAACGAGGUCAUCGUCAAGAAGUCCCAGGACGCCAAGCUGGUCCUGCUCAACAUGCCUGGGCCACCCCGCAACCGCAAGGGCGACGAGAACUACAUGGAGUUCCUGGAGGUGCUGACGGAGCACCUGGACCGGGUGCUGCUGGUGCGCGGCGGGGGCCGGGAAGUCAUCACCAUCUACUCGUGAGGCCUGCACCGCGCCGGCACAAGGCGUUCGUGCCCGGGAGCCCCCGCCCUGCCUGCCCUGCCCGGCUCCUGGAGGGGCUGAGGGCGGCGCCGGCGGGC